AUGACGACUAUUGAUAGAGGUCAACAUCUCAUUUUGGCUUUUUUGCUGCUUAUCUUCUACGUCUUCUUCAACUCAACCUACGCCAAUCUCGUACAGUACGCUGUACUGAGUCCAAUAGUCGAAGUUUUACCAGUAAAUUUCCACCGUAGUCUUCCCGCAUUGCACGAAAUUAUCCUCGAGGAUGACUUUCGUCAAGCCCAGCAGGAAGAGUGGCGAAAGCCGCCAGCCGAAAGGCACUGUCCAAGCGGCACAUUUUAUCCCCUCCUACGGGCCUUCAACCAGAAUGCCGCCUUCACCCUGAGCGGCAAACGGGCAAAUACAUUUUACAGCAUGAUUUUGAGAUUCCGCUUAAAUACCGUUCUCCCUUCCCAGACAGCCAACGUCGAAGGACCGGCAGCUGCAGAAACUGCCCCCCUAAUAUUCAUCGACCGACGUUUCUACUUCCCAUUUGAAAGCCAAGAAAAUUGCCGCCAUCCAUGCCGGAUUACGACGGAUCUGCAGCAAGCACAUAACGCUUCUGCAGCAGUUUUUACACGCACCCCGACUGCGGCAAUGGCGAGGAUUCUGAAAGGAGCUGUUUGGGCAUUUCAUAGCAUGGAAUCUCCGCUGCGAAUGCACGAGGUUCAUCCUGACUAUAAAAACAACGUAAGUUCUUUGUUCCACAGCUGUCUUGCUUUCAUCAUUAUCGACAUCAUCAUCAUAUUCUUCUUCUUCCUCACCAUCAUCAUCAACAAUAUCAUGAUCGCCGCCACUCCCACCCUAAUCAUCACCAUCACCUUAUAUUUAUUCUGCCCCCCAACUUUGCUGCAUAAUCCGAAUUCCACAAUUCCCUCCGUCUACGGAGCCUUUGAAGCCUUCAACCAGCCCGAAUGCCUUAUUGGCGAUGAUAUACGGCGUCAAAUGAUGCUUCGGGACAAUCGCAAGUGGCUGCCACCCAAUUUCAAGCAAAAAAGAAAAUUGAUUGCCUGGCUGGUGUCAAAUAUGAAUGCAGAGAAUCGUCGAAAAGAGGUUGCGGCCCGGCUACGCAGAUGGGUUCCCGUCGAUAUUUAUGGACUGCAUAGGCUUCCCUGCCCCGGCGGAAAUUGCCAUGAAAAGUUAGGUCAAAUUUACAAAUUCUACUUGGCAUUUGAAAACUCCAAUUGUCGAGGAUAUCUGACAGAAAAAUUAUUUACCGAUGCACUGAGAGCUGGAAUGGUGCCCAUUGUCAUGGGUGGUAGUCCCGAAGACUACUACAGCAUUGCACCGCCCAAUUCCUACAUUCACGUUAGCCAAUUUUCAACUAUUGGGAAGCUGGCGGAGUACAUACGUUACCUUGACCAAAAUGAUACCGCGUAUUCAGCCUACUUUGCCUGGAAGGCCCUUGGAACACUUAAGGUAAACUCAUAA